GAGAAAGAGAGAAAAAAUUGUACUUUUUAUUUUUUAAUAUUAUUUAUUUUUAAAAUGUAAUUUUUGACGUGUCAUUGAAAAAAUAAGUACAACAACGAUGUGUCAUUAAAAAAUGACGUGGGAUUUAAUGUGUAAAAUGAGUGUAUUACACGUACACAUAUCAAAUGAGAAAGGGGCUUAAAAUAUUGUGUUUAAAUGAGUUUAAGGAUUCAUCUGGCAAAAUAAUGAGUUAGAAGGAUUCAACUGAUAAACAGAGUCAAAUAUAGAGGUUAUCACGUUCACCUAAACCUUAGUGUGUAUAUAUUUAUAUUCCAUAGUGCUCUUUCCCUCUUUACCCACCUCACAAUGAUAAUUGGCUAUAGAAUCAAUUUCAGACCACUUUCUCAUGAUAAACUGAGAUCACAUGUUAUGUGGCAGAGACAAUGCAGCUAUAAUACUGCUUCAUCAAUGGAUGGUUUUGAAGAAGCAAAGGAGAGAAUAAGGGAAAGUUUUAGUAAAGUAGAGUUAUCUCCUUCUUCCUAUGACACAGCAUGGGUAGCUAUGGUCCCUUCAAAAUAUUCACUAAAUGAGCCAUGUUUUCCACAAUGUUUGGAUUGGAUUAUUGAAAAUCAAAGAGAAGAUGGAUCUUGGGGACUAAACCCUACCCAUCCAUUGCUUCUCAAGGACUCACUUUCUUCCACUCUUGCAUGUUUGCUUGCCCUAACCAAAUGGAGAGUUGGAGAUGAGCAGAUCAAAAGAGGCCUUGGCUUUAUUGAAACCCAGAGUUGGGCAAUUGAUAACAAGGAUCAAAUUUCACCUCUAGGAUUUGAAAUUAUAUUUCCCAGUAUGAUCAAGUCUGCAGAAAAACUAAACUUAAAUCUAGCAAUGAACAAAAUAGAUUCAACGAUUAAAAGAGCAUUACAGAAUGAAUUCACGAGGAAUAUUGAAUAUAUGGGUGAAGGAGUUGGUGAAUUAUGUGAUUGGAAGGAAAUAAUAAAGUUACAUCAAAGACAAAAUGGUUCAUUAUUUGAUUCACCAGCCACUACUGCAGCUGCCUUGAUUUAUCACCAACAUGAUCAAAAAUGUUAUGAAUAUAUUAAUUCAAUCACUAUGUAUCCAACAAAGAUACAUUCAUUGCUUUGCUUGGUUGAUACACUUCAAAAUCUUGGAGUACAUCGGCAUUUUAAAUCAGAAAUAAAGAAAGCUCUAGAAGAAAUAUACAGGCUAUGGCAACAAAAGAAUGAAGAAAUUUUCUCAAAUGUCACCCAUUGUGCUAUGGCUUUUCGACUUCUAAGGAUGAGCUACUAUGAUGUCUCCUCAGAUGAACUAGCAGAAUUUGUGGAUGAAGAACAUUUUUUUUCAACAAGUGGGAAAUUUAUAAGUGAUGUUGCAAUCAUUGAGCUCCACAAAGCUUCACAAUUGACUAUUAAUGAGAAAGAUGACAUUUUGGAUAAAAUUAACAAUUGGACAGGAAUAUUUAUGCAACAAAAACUCUUAAACAAUGACUUCCUCGAUAUCAAGUCAAAGAAGGAGGUGGAACUUGCUUUGAGGAUGUUUUAUGUGACAUAUGAUCGUGCGGAAAAUCGACGAUAUAUCGAGUCAUAUCAAGAGAACAAUUUCAAAAUGUUAAAAACAGCUUAUAGGUGUGGCAGCAUGAACAAUAUCGACUUGUUAACAUUCUCAAUGCAAGAAUUUGAGUUGGGGCUAUCCCAAUACCAAGAAGAAGUUGAACAACUGAAAAGGUGGUACGAAGAUUACAGACUAGAGCAAGUGGGAUUGGCACAAGAAUACAUAUAUCGUACUCACUUAAUUAGUGUUGCUGUAUUCUUCGAACAUGAAUUAUCCAAUGCUCGAAUUAUGUAUGCAAAGUACGCCAUGUUUCUCACUUUGAGUGAUGAUCUUUUCGAACAUUUGGCAUCCAAAGAUGAACUACUUAACAUCAUUGAAUUAGUACAAAGGUGGGAUGAACACACAAAUGUAGGUUUCCACUCAGAGAAGGUCAAGCUUUUCUUUACAGCAUUAUAUGAUACAAUAGAGGAAGUUGCAACUAAUGCACAAAUCAAGCAAGGACGAAAUGUCAAACAUCACAUAAUAGAAUUGUUUGUUGAAGGGUUAAAUAGCAUGUUGGUAGAUAGAGUAGAGUGGGGUACAAGAAUACCAAGCAUAGAAGAGUACUUGCGUGUGUCCUUGUCAACUUUUGGUGGAAAAUGCAUGGUUCUAACAUCACAAUAUGUUGUUGGAAUUCAACUUUGCAACUAUCAAAGUGAUGAUGAAAUACAAGACUUGUGCUAUUGUUCCGGCAUAGUCAUGCGGCUUCUUAAAGAUUUACAAAGUUUCAAGAGAGAACGAUCGGAUAGUAGGUUAGUGAAUAUGGUGAAAUUAGUAAUGAAGCAAAGGUCAGGAACAAUAUGUGAAGAAGAAGAGGCUAUAAAGCAUAUAAAGGAAACAAUUGAAUGUAAUAGAAGAAAGUUGCUAAGGAUGGUUCUUCAAUCUAAAGGAAAAGGAAGCAAAGUACCACAAGCAUUGAAAGAUUUAUUUUGGAGGACAACCAAAGCGGUUUAUUUCUUUUAUUCAGAUCAUGAUGAGUUUCGAUCUCCAAAUAAAGUCAAGCAUCAUAUCAAUCAAGUCAUUUACAAAUCACUCCACAUUCGAUGAAUUCUUGAGAUAAUCGUAUUGAGUUUAAGAGCUGCUUUUUAGUAUAUUCUUAUGUACUCGUAUUGGGUAAUUGAAUAUAAGGAGAAUGUGCCAGAGAGUCCGGUGUGGCGCGCCAA